GGCGCCGCUCCCCGCUGUCGGGCGGGGAGGGCGGCCGGAGCCCGGGGGAGGGGAGGCGCAAGGACAUGGGCUGGUUCUGAGCGCCGGGGGAGGGAAGCCGUCGUGCGUGUGCCUCCCUAGAUUUUAAUAACUGUUUGUUGUUGGGUGGUGUAGGUUUGGGUUUUUCUGCCCCCACCCCCCGCGUUUUCCAACAAGGCGGAGGGGAGAGCGGCCCCCAGCGCGCUUGUAUGGCUCGUCUGCCCCGGAGCGCCCCUGGAAAAUAGAACCCGUCUCGGGCCAGGUGACAUCCCCCAGCGCCGCGCUCGCACUCACGGGAGCGGCAGGGGCGGGGGAGCCGCCCGUGAGGACAUGGAGGGACCCUCGGGGGAAGCGGAGCUGCCGCUCCUCACGGUGAAGCACGAACUGAGGAACGCAAAUUUGACAGGCCAUGCAGAGAAAGUUGGCAUUGAAAACUUUGAGCUCCUGAAAGUUCUUGGAACAGGGGCCUAUGGAAAAGUAUUCCUAGUGAGGAAAGUAAGUGGCCAUGAUGCUGGAAAACUGUAUGCCAUGAAAGUACUGAAGAAAGCAACAAUAGUUCAAAAAGCCAAAACAACUGAGCACACAAGGACGGAACGACAAGUCUUGGAGCACAUUAGGCAAUCACCAUUUUUGGUCACAUUACAUUAUGCCUUCCAGACAGAUACAAAGCUUCAUCUCAUUUUAGACUAUAUAAAUGGAGGAGAAUUAUUUACUCAUCUUUCACACAGAGAGAGAUUCUCAGAAAAUGAGGUGCAAAUUUACAUCGGAGAAAUCGUUUUGGCACUUGAGCAUCUCCACAAGCUGGGGAUUAUAUAUCGGGAUAUAAAACUUGAGAAUAUUCUCCUCGAUUCGGAUGGCCAUGUGGUGCUGACGGACUUUGGUCUAAGUAAAGAGUUUCUUACUGAUGAGAAUGAGAGAGCAUAUUCAUUCUGUGGAACAAUAGAAUAUAUGGCUCCAGAUAUUGUAAGAGGGGGAGAUGCAGGACACGAUAAGGCUGUUGAUUGGUGGAGUGUUGGUGUUCUUAUGUAUGAAUUAUUAACUGGAGCAUCACCAUUUACAGUUGAUGGAGAGAAGAAUUCCCAAGCAGAGAUUUCUAGGAGAAUAUUAAAAAGUGAGCCACCUUAUCCACAAGAUAUGAGUGCUCUGUCUAAGGAUAUCAUUCAACGGCUUCUAGUGAAAGAUCCCAAGAAGAGACUAGGUUGUGGUCCCACCGAUGCUGAUGAAAUCAAACAGCAUCCAUUUUUCCAGAAUAUGAACUGGGAAGACUUAGCUGCCAAAAAAAUACCAGCUCCAUUUAAACCAGUAAUCAGAGAUGAAUUGGAUGUCAGUAAUUUUGCAGAAGAGUUUACAGAAAUGGAUCCAACGUACUCUCCUGCAGCAACCCCUCAGACUUCAGAAAGAAUAUUUCAGGGAUAUUCUUUCGUUGCACCUUCUAUUUUGUUUAAACGCAAUGCAGCUACAGUAGAUCCUUUUCAGUUUUAUGUGGGGGAUGAGCGACCUGGAACUACAACUAUUGCCAGAAGUGCUAUGUUGAAGGACUCUCCAUUUUAUCAUCAUUAUGAACUGGAUCUGAAAGAGAAACCAUUGGGAGAAGGAAGUUUUUCGAUUUGUCGAAAGUGCUUACACAAGAAAACUAGCCAAGAGUAUGCAGUAAAAAUAAUUAGCAAAAGAAUGGAAGCCAACACCCAGAGAGAAAUAACAGCUCUGAGACUCUGUGAAGGACACCCGAACGUAGUGAAGUUACAUGAAGUUUUUCAUGACCAGCUUCACACCUUCCUAGUAAUGGAAUUGCUGAAGGGAGGAGAAUUGCUUGAACGUAUUCAGAAAAAGAAACAUUUCAGUGAGACUGAAGCCAGUCACAUUAUGCGCAGACUUGUUUCAGCAGUGAGCCACAUGCAUGAUGUAGGAGUUGUCCAUAGAGAUCUGAAACCUGAGAAUUUACUAUUUACAGAUGAAACUGAUAAUUCAGAAAUAAAGAUAAUUGAUUUUGGCUUUGCUCGUUUAAAACCACCUGAUAAUCAACCUCUUAAGACUCCGUGUUUUACUCUUCAUUAUGCUGCCCCAGAGCUCUUGAAUCACAAUGGUUAUGAUGAGUCUUGUGAUCUGUGGAGUUUGGGGGUCAUUUUGUACACAAUGCUGUCAGGACAGGUACCAUUUCAGUCUCAAGACAGAAGUUUAACAUGUACCAGUGCAUUGGAAAUUAUGAAGAAAAUAAAAAAGGGAGAAUUUUCCUUUGAAGGAGAGGCUUGGAAAAAUGUUUCUGAGGAGGCUAAAGAGUUAAUUCGAGGACUUCUUACAGUGGAUCCAAACAAAAGAAUUAAAAUGUCCAGCCUGAGAUACAACGAGUGGCUUCAGGAUGGCAGCCAGCUCUCAUCUAACCCUUUAAUGACACCUGAUAACUUAGGCUCUUCAGGAGCUGCAGUGCACACAUAUGUUAAAGCCACUUUCCAUGCCUUUAACAAGUACAAAAGGGAAGGAUUUUGUCUCCAGAAUGUAGACAAGGCACCUCUUGCAAAAAGAAGGAAAAUGAAAAAAACAAGUACAAGCACAGAGACACGUAGCAGCUCCAGUGAAAGUUCCCAUUCUUCUUCCUCUCAUUCUCAUGGUAAAACUACACCUACAAAGACAUUGCAGCCCACAAACCCUGCAGACAGCAAUAACCCGGAAACCAUCUUCCAGUUCUCCGACUGAGAAGCAGAGAAUGUCCUGUCUUGAGGAGUUAAGUGGUUAUAGACUUGGCAGUGCCUGUAUUGUCUUCUCCUGCCCUUCCUCCCUGUGGCUUACAGGCUGCCAUAGGAAGAGUCUGUUGCUUUAGAAAUGUAUUUUAGUCAUACCUUUUUAGCUUUGUAUUUCCAUACAUUUCCUUUUAGCGUUGUUUGGUAUCACUGGAUAUAGUAUAUAAUACUGUUAUACAAACGACAUUGUAUUCUCUGAGGGCUAAAUUACUGGUGUGCAGUCAAGCUCAAGGUAAGUAGCUGUGCUGCUCAUGGUACCGCUUGGAAGAAAACUGUUCCUCAGUAUCACUAUCUUCCUCCCAGUUUCUUCCCCACUGCUCAAAGAACGGAAUGCUCUGUAACAUAUAGAGAACUUCGGGAUCUGCUCUUACCCAGCUCUGUGAAGAAUGUUAUGGAAUUUGAUUCUUCAUACAUGUAAAGAAUCAUUGGUACAAUGCACCGAAGCAGUAUAGAAUUUUAAGCCUUUUAAAUUUAUGAUUACAGUCUGUCCCAUUUAUUUGAAUUUUAAGAUCAAAUUGAAGCACUAUGGAACUCUUUAUUUUGUUUAAAAAAUAACUCCACAUAUCUUGUUCUAAACAACUGAGAAUAGAAGUCUUAGAAAUUUUUUUUAAUUUAUUUAAUUUUUUAGAACACUUCUAGGGUAAAAGAUAUCUGAUAAGGUGAGAUGUCUAGUACUGUGAUACAAUAAUUUUUUUUUUAAGUUAUAAACUUCUAAAAGAUUUUACAGAUUCUAAAAUAUAAUGCUAUAAGAGAAAAUUAAAUUUCAUAUUUGAUGCUUUGGAAAAUGGUCACAUGUUAAAAUACCUAUUUCAAGAUUUAAUUAUAAUUUAUAUAUUUUUUUAUAGUUACACAAUAAUUUUAAAAUACUGAGAUUUUUUUAAAGAUAAGAAAACUCCAGUUUCGACAUUUGUUAUUAUAGGGUCCAUAAAAAUGCAUACCAAGUUAUUUAAAUUUUGCAUUGUGCAAAUCUGGCAGUCUAAUAGUGACUGUAAAAUAUUAGAAUAUAUGUUUUAUUUUUUGCACUUUAUAACAUCCAAAGGAGAUGCUUUAAAAUAAAGUGCACUCAGAUCUCUCUUCCUACAAGGUGCUGAGCACUGUUUUACUGGGCUGAAUGAACUGAAAUCCACCGUAUUUGGUGGUUGUGGUCAUUGUGAAGGAGAAUUCUGUACUUUGCAGGAGUGAAUCCCUGUAUAUUCCCCACUGUUUUCAUUCCUUACUGUAAAAUGCAAAGCUCUUUCUAUCUUGCUUUUACAUUGUAUAUAACAAAUACUAGACCUGGGCACCUUGUGUAGUGUAGAUGUUAACAACUUAUGCACUGGGAAUACUAAAGGGAAAUUAUAUUGAACACUGUGCUUCACAACUUGUUCACUGUGGUGUUCUACAGUGAAGUAUUUCCUACUGUGAUAGUAUAGUAUGUACAUAACUGUUUGGAAUCAUAAAUGUGACUUAGAGAAACAUCAGCAUAAACUUUUAAAUCAGUAUAUUUUAUAAAUUUAUGGAGAGCUCUUUUAUAGCUUGUAUUCUCAAUGACUAGGGGUAACUUUAAGUGCUAAAGAUGACUCCAGUUUUGCAAAUGCUUACAUGUAUAAGUUUCCACUGAAGUCAGAGAGGCUCCUUGUCAUAUGCCUAAACUUGUGUGAUGGAAGACUAAUUGACUAGAGGAUUUUGUUAACAGCUGUCUUUAUCCUAAAGUAACCUUAAUCCAAACCCUAUGCAAAAAAAGAAAAAGUUAUAGAAAUUGUUUAUAUCAGUAGUUUUAUUUAUAGAAUUAUAUAAGAUACCAGUAUUGACAAAUACAAUACAUCCAUGUUUACAGGGACUGUGUGUAUCAAAACAAGGCUUUGAAGCCCAACAUGUUUGUUCUGUGUUUCUUUAAUAUUAAUAAUGGCAUUCUGAGGUUUUGGAAUUGCUCAUGUGAAAUAGUUUACUACUUUCUUGAUGUGAAUGUCAACAGUAAUUGCAGCAUUAAUUUCAGGUUGAUGUGAAUAUUGAGAUUUGCACUGUUUAUGUAGAAGUAGUAUAUUUAAAGAUCAGUCUAUGUGCUAAUAACACAACCAACUUUAAGUGGCCGAUGUUAAAGUAUUGAAAAAUAAUUGUCAAUGUAAUAUAUUAAGGUUUACUUUCUGAAUGCUCUCUUUGGAAGUAAUCUCAAUAGUGAACAUGGCUCAUUUGUAAAAGAAUACUUUUCCUUUCCAGAAUAAACUUACUGUAAAUACAACAAACAAUCCACCAUUAAUACUUGUUCUGCAGACAGUACAAAUGAAUUGGGAGAUUGGAGAAGAGGUAAUUGCUUGUAAAGUUUGCACUUUGAGGAGUUCGUGGAACUUGUUGUCUUCAGGAUGAAGACAACAAAAAUCAGUUUCAGUCUGUUUUUAUUUAAGUGUAAGAAUCUUUUGGAUACCAGGUGGAUUUGGAAUAUUUUGACCCAGCAAUGUUAGAAACACUGAACAGUUGUUUCCCUGUUGGGAAAUUUAAACUGUUUCUUGGCAAACUGAUGAAACAACAAGAAUAUUUGCACAAGAUACUAAAUGCUACAUAAUGGCUGUAUUGUCAAUCUUUUUUUCUGCACAGGUUUUGAGAGACUGUUGAGACUAAAGUUAUUGCAAUACAUCACUUGUAUCAAGGACAACUUUUAUAGCUGAAUAUUUCUGUGUCUUCUUUGUGCUCUUGUGGUAGUUGUUUAAUAAAAAUUUUAACCCAGGGUAUUUCUUUUGGGCAGGGCUAAGUACACAUAGGUGUCACCUUACAUUUACUUUGAACCAGUUACCCAGGGUAGCUAAAAUGUUUAUGACCUCUGAGUGCCUGCUCUAGCAGAGCUCUCGAGGAAGUGUAUUUGACACUAAGCUGUCUGAAUUUUUAGAUUAGCGUCUUUCCAUAAACAACUACUGUUGUACAUACACAUUGAUACAUUGAAACUUGAGUUGCAAACUAGACAACUCAAGAGUAAGUUUAUUUCUUGUUCUGAUGUCCUUGCAGGAGAGUAUUUACUCCUGGCAGAACUGUGUUUUAAUCUGGUGAACAGCCUGGUCAUGUAAAGACCGUGGGCUGUAUUUUUCAUACUCAGACCAGUUUUUCAAAUUUGAAGUGUACAAGUUGAUCUUCAUUAGUACUAUAAAUACUUCAUAUUGUUUUGGUGGAGAGAUGUUACACUUUAUGUGUAUACUCAGAUUAAGUUUUCUUCACAGUGCUGCUAUACCUCAAUCAGUUUUAAUGUCUAAUAAUGAUAUCUGUCUGCUGUCAGAAAUACAGUGCUGUCAGCAACGUUGUAGGCAGAUUUGUGUGAAAAGCCAAAUUUCUUAUGAGUAAAAAUUUCAAUUAGUGUGGGUUUAAGUACUCAAUAUCUGGUAAAACCAUUUCUUUGUAAUACUUUUAGAAACACAAAUAUUAGUAGUAGCAGGUAAUUCUGCUAAAGGAUUUAGAGAAAUACAAAGAAAACAUGAUUUACUGUUCCUUAGUGAAAUUUCUAUACUUUAAGGGAAAGAAUCGGUGUAUUUUGGCAUAUAUAUUGUUUAAUGCUAUUAAAAAAAAGAAACCCCAUUAAAUACUUCAUUAAACAGGGGCAACAUGUAUUGCAUCACAGAAUGGAUUGAGGCUUCAAAUUUAUUCUGCUGAUGGGCAUAUUUUCUCAGCCCUUUUUCAUGCCUACUUUUCUGAACAAGAUAAUUCCUACACAGCUCUAUACCUUCUCAGUCAUCUGAGAACAGAAUAAUUCUCAGCAGAAAAUGUGUCCAUUGGUUGUCAUGAAAUGUUGCACAAGCAUCUUACGUUUUUAAUCUGUGCAUGGGUUCUCUGCAUGCAUGUAGAUUCAUGCUGUAUUGCAUGUCUAGAUCUCAGUUUAAAGUAAUAUGCCUUGAUUAAGAUAACUUGUAUUUUAAAAAUGGGUUCUAAACUCACACACAUUCGGAGGAUCCCAGAGAAGGGGGCUGCCACAGAAUAGGAAAAAGGUUAUAGGAAGCCAGAGGUGAGAAGCUUCUGGGAAGAUACUUUCUGGCUAUCUCCAUGUGCAUGUAUUAUUCACUGAGAGUGAAUUGCAAGCUUUCUUGACAGUUGUCCAACAUAAACAUUUCCUAUCUCUGCAAGUCCCUGAGUAUAUGUGUGUGUGGUUUAUAAUAUCUAGUUCAUCAUAUUGAAAGUAUUUGUUAUGUCUCAAGUAUCGUUCCAGGUGUUAUUACCAAGUUAAUGAUCUUCAUUCUUUCCCCCAUAAGUGACAGUCUUUUACAAUAAUGUAAAUUUCAAGAAAACAUGUAUUUUGACAACCUUCAUGUUCUGUGUGAUAGAAAUGGGAGACAGCAACUGGUUGGGAAACAAUUAUAAGUGUUUAGGUAGAGAUUUUAUGGCUGGUCUGACUAAUACUUUAUUCAGUAGUAGAAAGGAAUCCAUAUUAUUCACAUGUAAAAUUGCUUUUAAAAAUUGGCAAUCAAUCUAACUGUAUUUAAAAGAGUCAUGCAGAAGUCUGCUAAUUUCCUUUGAAAUGCCAAUAAUAAAGGAAAGAAAAACAACUCUUCUUUAAUUGCUUCAGGAACUGCCAAAAAACCUAACAGAUGAAACUGUGAACUGAUGGCAAACUUCUUACGGCUUUCUUAAUAUGAAGAUACUUUUUAACAAAUCCAGCAUCAAAUCUUAAAAUUGGUCUCAUUUAUGUUCAUUUGAUUUUCCCCAGUUGUUUUUUUAUUUUGUUACAUGUGCAAUUGUCUUAGUAUGAUUAUGAUUUAUUUUUGUAAGUAGGAGAAAAAUUAAAGGAUUUAAGAUUAGGCCUUGUGAAUAACCAAUAUAAAUCUGUUUGGAAGGGUAACCAUUUCAAAAUACACAUAUAUAUUAAUGAUAUUUGCUGAUUAAACUAUGUCUAACCAAGUACAUUUUAUCUAAGUUAUGGUUGUGAUUUUCUGUGACAUUCAGCUAUGCUAAAUAAGCUUUCAAGUGUAAAGUCUUUGGAAUUUAGGAAAGUGAGAAGAAAGGGGGAAAUUUAAAGAUGAUGCUAUAAAGAGGGGACAAUGCUUGAAAUUUGUCCUUAGGUUACUUGAGGUGACUUUUUACAGCAUGACGGUAUCAUUGUAUGGUCUGGAGAAGCUCACUCGUUAGUAACAGUACCUAUGCUUUUUUCCCUUUAAAAGUAAUACGCAGUGGAGAAGAGAAAAUAAAUUCACAAAAGCAGCAAAUACCUCAAAGCUUUUCUCACGUGUCUCCUUAAUGAGUUCUCAUCCUUUAAACAGAUAACUCUGCUGUACGUAGCAGUUUCUCUUGUUGAAACCUGCUUGAGGGAACAGGAUCCCACUCUCUGGUGAUGUGUACACUGUAGAGGGAUGCUACAAAUUAGAGCUCAGGGUGCUGUGUCCCUGCUGCUUUUAAGUUCAAAUGUUCAUACAAUUCUGCUUAGUGUGUAUCACCUUGUCAGUCCAAUUGGCAUGCAGCUGUGGCAGGUCAGUUGUAGUGCUGUCAAAUUGAAAGGAAGACUUGAGAUCUACUUCAGGACCGAAGUGAGAACAGGCUUUGAAUAUUAACAUACAUCUGGAUUACAGAAAUGAAUAAAAGUUUGGCAUUGGCUUUCAACCUUGACAGUCUUAAGAUGUUCCUGCAGCAAAUAUGGAUGCUUACAGAUAUCUUUACAGUAUUGAUCUCUUUCACCUGCAGAGAAAGAAACCUGCAAAAUUGUUUCUUGCCAGAUAAAAACUUUUGCUGGAGUUCUAGUGGAAAAAAUCAUCCUAAUUUCUACCUUUACCUUUGAAGCUGUAAAAGCAAAAAAUGAGUUGGUGACAGAUUCUGACAGCUGGUUAUAAAGGAGCAGGCUCUGUUAAUUUGCAGUGAGAGGAACAGGGUGUUCUAUUUCAUGUGUCAGUGUGGGCCGGGAGUGGGGAGAGAGAAAGAGAUGGGAAGAAGGGAAUGCUGAGUGUUUUGCCUCACUGUAAUUUACAGGACAUUCUGGUUGCACACCAUUGCUUUUGAAGGAGCAAUGAUCUCCACAUUCAGUUAAAAUCUUUUUGAAUUAAAAAAAAAAACCCACACAGAUUAACCUGGCACCUUUUCUUUUUGGAAACUCAUUUUCAAAUGUAAAAUGCUGCAUUGUGGACAUUGAUUUCCUUAAUGCCAGUUAUCAACAGAUUACAGUGAAAUGUUCUUUCUGGCAAAUACACACCUCUCUAAAAUUUUUUGUCAUGCCAACAGAGUGCAAAACUGUGUGAUAAAAGUUUAUCAAAAAGCAAGAGAAGUAAUUGAAUUGGUUUAUUUUGUCCAAUGUUCAGAAAAUUAAUCAGGAUUGUGGGAGUGAGUCCAGAGGAUGAUUCAGAAUUUGAUGGGAAAAGUACUAAAAGAAAGGAUAAUUUUGUGAAUACAGUGGUGGAGAAAAUACAGGAAAACUGUGUUCUAGAAGACUGCUCAAGACUUGUGGAAGAUUGGUGGAACCAGACAUCAGGUGAAUGCUUCUGUCUCUAGAACUGUUAAAACCUAACCAUGCUUAUUUGAAGGAUGAUAAGGCCAUCCUGUUCUGUCAAGAGCCACAGGUUUUAGGAAAAUCUAUUUCUGGGCUUCUGUCUUGGGGGUACUUCUCCUUAUUUGCAAGUCUGUUUAACCACCUGGGUAUGAUCAACACUUGGCAAAUCAGACUCUUCCACUGUCUUGGAAUGAUAACUGUAAUGAAGGUUUUGAUCUUCAGCAGCCUGUUUUCUGCUUCAGGCUAUAGUGUUCAAAAUAGGAAGAGUUUUGGGGGGGUUUUUUGGGUGGUUUUUUGGUGGUUUUUUUUUUUGGUUUUUUGAUUUUUUUGUUUUUUUGGUUGUUGUUGUCGUUGUUGCCCUGCAUUGUGUGGUUAACCACUAUGGUGGCUUCAAAGUCAAUGCAAAGCAAUCUGGAGAAGUACAUCUUGUAGUUGUUAACAAGUCAGCCUUGGAUUCCCAUAGGAGAAGCUCUUGCCAGAGCUGUGCAGAAUGCAGAGGAAUAGCGUGGGUAUUCCCCCCUGUGCUAGCUGGUGGUCUGCAUGCCCAUUGUUCUUCUGACUCCUGAAGUUGUGUGUGCUGGGAGCUUGUCUUGCAGAAAAAUGUAAAAAACAAUAAACCAAACAUCUGAAUGUUAGGCAGAUGAUACUUGGGUAAAGGCAAUUUUAUUCUUAAUAACCAGAGAGUUUAUUGGCUGUUUAUUGCAGUUGAUGGCUGUUGCAUUAUGCAUGACUUCUAGGCAGUAGGGAGAAGUAUCUGAACAAGUCUCUAACACAGACUGAUAGUAUUUGAGCUAUUACUGAUCUCCAGCACUGUCAGGAGCUUGGGUUUGGAGGAAAAUGUGUGAAUAUGCCUAUAUGUGGUAAAAUCCUAUGGUGUAAUGCUAUCAUCAAACCUAAAGAAUCCUGCAUUUUUCUAGUACAUAUUGGGAUUAAGUAUGUUAUGCAGGUUUUGUGUGGGUUUUUCAGAGGAUGUGAAUAUGGUAUUUGCUUGUAAUUACUAUUGGUUUUUACUCCCCAUAUAGUAUAUAUUUAGUUCUGUUACUUUCCUGACCAUUCUAUUUAUGUUAACCCACUUAUUUCUUUGAUUUCUGUAGUCUUUCUGCUUCUCCUGAAAGGUAAUACAUGGGUAUUUCUGCCCAAAAAGAACUGUAGUGUCAAAUGACUAUUAUACAGAGGAAGUAAAAGUAUGAAGAAAGGCCAUGCAGUAAACAUUUUCCUUUAUCAGUGUGUAAAUACCCAGCUUAAACUGCACUGGUCAUUAAAUAGGUCCUUACUCUUCAGAUGACUUGACUGACAAACAGAAUGAAUAGUGCUAGAAGUACAAAAAGAACAGUUGUUAAAAUAACUAAGUAAUUAAAAAUUUUGGGCAGGGGAAGUGAGUGCAAACCGAAAGGUACAAGCUGAAAUAGCACCUUCAAACUUGGAUCUAAAUAUACUCUGAAUAAGGUGCCAGAUCUGACUGGCUGACUUAUCUUUUACGCUUUGAAGUAGAGCUAGGUCAGCAACAGGUAGGAGAAAUCAACUUUGUCCUGCAGAUGUGGAACUUCAGAUUUUCGGGAACCUGUAUUUGGAUCCAGCAGGAGCAGUAAGAGGCUAAAACUGGCAGUUAAUCCCUAAAAGCUUUGUUUGUGAAUCAUCUUUGUGAAGAUAGAUGAAGUCCAAAGGAAGAUAGUUCACAUCCAUUCCCAGUGAGCUAUAGUCACAGUAACAUUAUUGUUUUCUAAUUGAGUUUUUACCAAGCAGCUAAAAAAAGCAUAUAUGCUGUUCUUACCUUAUCUGUGCUGAUAGCAUAAUCUCCAGAGCAGUGAAGCAGACUGGAGGUUACAUUCUGUGGUUUCACAUGAAUGCUAGGCCUUUUUGAGAUUUCUUUGAUGUUGUUACUGUAUUUUAAAUGAAUCAUGUUUCAGUCGUAAUCUUCUCUGGAAAUACCAAUUUGAGCUUUUCAUGGAAAGGAACUAUGACAUAUCAGAGGAUAAGAACAGGAAAAAAAUUAAUUUUAGAGAAUCCAGAAGCUGAAAGCAGAGUUUGUCUUUUGACCUACAAGAGUGUUAGGCAAUAGAGUUUUGAAAGAUUGAGUUAGACAAGGUAAGGUAAGCUGUAGAGUGUAGAGCUAACUGAGUAUUGUUGGAGCGUCAGAAGUGUAAUACUGAUCAAACCGGUGAGACCAGAAUUGCACACAGUGCAGUGCACACUCCAGUGCAGAUUACAGCGUGGGCUACACUGUGGCAGAAUGGUGCUGGCUGCUUUGUCCUCAGUAGUCUCUUGGUGAUGCCUGGUGUUCUGUAGACUGCCACUGCACAAUGCAUUAAGGAUUUCAGGGAAUUGUCUGUGAUUUCCUGACAUCCUGUAUCAAAUAUGAAUCAGUUGUUUCAAGACAAAUAACUUGUGCUUGACCAAUUCAUGUUGCCUGAAAAACAUUCUGUCUUGUUUUGGAGACAUCAAGACUGGAAGAAAUCUGCUACCUCUUUGGUAUUUAACCAAAUAGUUAAUUAUUGUGAUAACUUAAAAAAGGUCUAAUUUCUUAUAUAACUUUAUUUGGAGCAGGUCUCAACUUUUGUUUUGUUUUGUUUUUUGUUUUCUGGUUUUGUUGGGUUGGUUGGUUGGUUGGUUGGUUGGGGUUUUUUGCAUGAUACUUAAUUUCCAAAACAUAAGACUUUUUUUUUCUUAUUCAGUUGUUAUGGCAGAAACUGGUGACUUGUCAGGUCUCCGAAACCAUAUUUGCUAUGCAGAAAUAGCUGCUCACAUUUAUGUUACUGGAUCCACUCCGUGUUGUUUCUGACUAGUAGGAGUAUGGAUAUCUUGGAAUUUUCCCCAGCUGAUCCUAGAAAGUUUCCUCCCCUCUCUGCUACGGAACCUUGCUUUUGAAACACAGUAACGUAGCCCUGUAUGCAAAUUUUCUCUUCGGGUCACAUCAGGCUGGGCAGACUGUGUUCUCCCGCUGUCUUCCACCCUCCUUUGGCACAUAGGCACGAGCCCAGUGUCCUCAGGAUGCCCCUGGUGUUCCAUGACCUGUUCAAAGGCACAUGAUGAGCCCCAGGGGAGCCACUCUUUGUUUAAGACUAUUUGUGCUAAUUCUGGAUCUGCUGAUUAUUUAAGAUUUCUUUUCAGUUAUUAAGAUAAUUGAAAUAUCUAAUUUAAAUGAAUGAUUUCUCAUUCUUUCUAAACACAGAACAAAAAUAGUAGCUGAGCAUUCCGUUGUCGCCAAUGUUUUUCUUGCCUCUGGAUAGUAAUAUACUGAUGAUGUUGCUAAAGUUAUUCAUUGUCCUCGGCAACUUAGCCAUUUGUCAUAGUACUCACAACAUACAGUAUUUUCUGUCAAUGUUUUAAGCUGCCUACAGGUUUAGAGAUUUUCCGAAGUUAUAUGUAGCUUUUUACUCCCUCUGGUGGUCUGGCAGUGGAGCUGGCAAAUAGUUUUAGUGUCGCUGACUGCAGCAAGCAACACGUUUGAAUGCAGUAUGACAUUUGUAUUUUAUUUUUACCCUUAAGAAAUAGUAAAAAAUGGUAUAUGUCUGGUUUUCAGUUUUGUAAAGUAGAGGCCUAAUAAAAUGCAAACCUCUUUUUUCUUUCUGAAAACAUAUAAUUACUAUUUUUUAAAAAAAUCCAGAAUACUAUUCUGGACACUGUUUUCAUAAGUAAGUCGAAAGAAAAGGAAAACAUCUUUGCCUCUGAAGUUCAAUUUGUCUAGGAAUACUUUCUUUCUUAAGUUUAAACUGGAGAUCAAGCUAUAGUCUGGGUCAUGUGUAGAAUUUAGCUGAACUGUGUCUGUAAGUUUUGUUGUUGUGUGAAGACAGUGCAGGGUCCCUCUUCACCUGCUUGCCUACAAGCAGUGUUGAACACCAGUUUGAAGUAGGGCAGGAAAGAGGCAUGGGAGUAGCACAGUGGAAAACCCCAUGAUUAGACCCUACCCUGGCUUUUCCCUGAACUUAAAAGUAGCCAAA